UACUAAUAAUGUCAACUAACUACUCGCUCGUUUGGUUGAAUUCAUCCCCCUCGAUCACCUCCAGCUCUCUGCCGUCGCCGUUUGUUGGGCACGCACGCACAUGGUCCCAAGGAGUGAUGGGAUGCGUGUCGUCCAUGGUGGCGGCCGGUCGUGCCGGCCAUGAACUGCAGCAUAUGCAUAUCCAAUCCAGCAAGAUCGAUCGAGCAAGGUCAACGGCUGCUGCAUCCGGCCACCGGCUGCCGCAGAGACGACGAACAUUCUUCUUCCCCGGCCGGUUCGAUGGUGUGCGUAUCUCGAUCGCACGUCCCGGCCCCAAUUAAACAAAGUCAGGCAGGCAAAAGCCUAUAAGUACGCGUUGCAGCUCGCCGUUGUCGUCAUCGUCAAUUUAUCAUCAUCCAAAAGAAAAGCGAUCCAUCAAUAAUCUGUACCUAGCUAGCUAUAGCUUGCCACGACCGGCGACCAUGGCGGCCUCCCUAUCCUUGUUGGUGCUCGUGGUGUCGGCAUCGGCGAGCCUGAUGCUGAGCACGACUGCGCAUGCGCAGCUGCAGUACGGGUACUACAACACGAGCUGCCCGGGCGUUGAGGACCUGGUGCGCGAGGAGCUGCUGGCCCUGUUCGCCGCCGACAUGACGCUCCCGGCGGGGCUCCUCCGGCUGCACUUCCACGACUGCUUCGGCGCCGGGUGCGACGCCACCCUGCUGCUCAAGUCGCACAACGGCACCGCCCAGCGCGACGCCGACCCCAACUCGACGGUGCGCGGCUACGAGGCCAUUGAGGCCGUCAAGGCCAAGGUGGAGGCCGCCUGCCCGCUCGUCGUCUCCUGCGCCGACAUCCUGGCCAUGGCGGCGCGCGACGCCGUCAACUUCACCCAGGGCCCCGCGUACCAGGUCGAGACCGGCCGCCGCGACGGCAACGUCUCCCGCAGGGAGGACGCCGAGCGCCUCCUGCCGCCUGCCGACGGCAACGUCACCGUGCUCACCCAGUACUUCGCCGCCCAGAACCUCACCGUCAAGGACAUGAUCGUCCUCUCGGCGGCGCACACCAUCGGGGUCGCGCACUGCCCCUCCUUCUCCAAGCGGCUCUACAACAACACCGGCGCCGGCGACCAGGACCCGGCCAUGGACCCGGCGUACGCCAAGAACCUGACGGCGGCGUGCCCGGCGGGGAACGUGGCGAGCGUGCAGCCGCUGGACCCGGUGUCGCCCAACAGGUUCGACGUGGGCUACUACAAGUCGGUGUACAACCGCACGGCGCUGCUGGGCUCCGACGCGGCGCUGCUGGACGACAGCCUCUCCUUCGCCUACGUGCAGCUCAUGAGCAGCAACGACUCGUACCUCGACACCUUCUUCGCCGACUUCGCCGUCUCCAUGAUCAACAUGGGCAGGAUCGGCGUGCGCACCGGCGCAGAUGGAGAGAUCAGGGACACAUGCGCAGUCUACGUCGACUGAUCGUCCGGCUGCAGGUUGCUGCAUGCUGAGAUUUUCUCUUCAUUUCAUUCGAUUCGAUCUUCUUCUUCUUCUCCUCCUCCUCCUCCAUCACUUUAAUUUUGUUCCUCAUUGCGUUCAGUUGUUCAUUCAUGUACGUCGUCCUUAAUUAAUCGGCAUUGUAUUUUGAAGCAAACAUUUGAUGGAUCGAUGGUUAA